AUGUAUAUCCCCUUUCACUUCUGCAGCCAUCUACGCAACAUAUCGUCGGCAUUUUUAAAGUACAAAAUUUCCGCCCAACGCUAUUAUAGUUCUAAUAUUGAAGACGCCCCUGUAUAACGCAGUCGCCACCGGGCAGCAAAAAAGAGUAGCAUCACAAAGCGAGUGAGACAGGCAACAUUUUGGGCGGCGCUUAGAGUGAUCCUUCUAUUCUAGUUUAUGUUCGGUGAUAAAGGCUAGCGUCCACUUCAGACGGAUCCCGGCGGGGCGGACCGGGCCGCAUUUCUUGCAACUGCGUUCACUAUAGACGCAGCAAGACGGAUAUUUUUAGGUAUACUGUAUGUUUAGCCAGUUUCAGUUUAGUCGUUUUUGUGUUUAUUGUAGAUGGAGUGGGACGAGCGUUUUCGACACUAUUGAAAUUUGAGUCAUUUUAAUCAUUGAACUGAUAAAAAAGUCCUGAAAUGGAAAUAGAUACGUCUGAUGAAGAGUUGUUCCUGUUUCAAAUAUUGCUGGAAGAGGAAGAAAAAAUGGAAAAAAAGAAACGUAAACAUAAAAUGUGGGUUCACGAUAUAUGCAGGCAAAGAAAACUAUACGGAGAAUUUCACCAUUUAAUUCCAGAUUUGAAAAAAGACCCUACAAAGUUUUUGAAUAUUUUCGUAUGUCAGAAGAAAAAUUUGAAGAAUUACUGCAUAUUUUAAAUAACGACCUUAUAAAACAAAAAUCUAAAUUUAGAGAACCAGUAGAGCCAUAUGAACGACUGGCUGUCUGUCUCAGGUUUUUGGCGACUGGCAACUCUUUUCGAUCACUUGCUUUCAGUUUUCGUUUAGGAGAAAAGACUGUAAGAGCUAUAGUCUACGAAACUUGUACAGCAAUAUGGCAGAGAAUGAAAAUUGACACACCUUCGGAAGAACAAUGGGAAACAAUAGCUUGUCAGUUUUGGGAUAAAUGGAAUUUUCCCAACUGUAUAGGGGCGUUAGACGGGAAACAAGUUGUUAUAGAAUGUCCCGCAAAAAGUGGAUCGAAAUACUUUGGCUGUAAAAAAACAUUUUGUGUGGUUUUAUUAGCUUUGGUAGGCGCCGAUUAUAAAUUUCUGGCGGUCGACAUUGGCGGCCUAGGGAAAAACUCCGAUGGAAAUAUUUUUUCGAAUUCCAAUUUCGGAAAAGCACUAGCAGAGAACAGACUGAACAUUCCUCAUUACAAACCACUUCCUGGCACUGAAGAUACUAUGCCUUAUGUUAUUAUUGGAGAUGCAGCAUUUCCUUUAGGAAGGCAUUUAAUAAGACCAUAUCCUGGUAACCAGACUUUAGACUCUGAAGAGAAGAAAGUGUUUAAUUAUAGGCUAAGCCGAGCACAACGGGUCAGUGAAAAUGCGUUUGGCAUACUAUGCAGAAGGUUUAGAAUAUACGAAAGACGAAUAUCCAUGACCCCUGAACAUAUUAACAUUGUAGUGGCAGCAACGUGUGCUUUACAUAACUUUUUAAUUACCAAUGUGGGGUUACAAGACGAUUUAAAAAAAAUAAUGAAACAUUGGAAGGAUUAGUGAAUUUACCACACUUUAGUGGAAAUGCAACACAACUUGCUCUCAGUAUUCGGGACAAGUUUAAACAAUAUUUUGUAUCGAAUUUCGGAUCACUACCUUGGCAAUCACAGGUCAUAAGACGAGGAUUUCGUCAUAACGAAUAAUAUAUACUUCGCUACCGUCUAUUUUACAUAUAUGUAUCUGACAUAUUAUUAUUUAAUUAGGUAAAUAAAUGCGUCUGAAAUACCUAUGUACUCACCCCUUAAUUUCAAUAAAUCUGCAAUUUCUUGCCAUAUAUUGUUUCUCCUCUGUUCGUAGUGGUACCUCGCAUCUUCCGUGUCGUAUAGUUCCUUAUACUGGGACACUAAUGAUAUUAGCAAGUCUUCGUCCAUUUCUAAUUAAUUU